GGGUGGCCUCAGGACACAUUGGGCCGUGCACCACAUCGGGGAUUCCCGCUGGGCCUGGACAGAAUGAAGGGCUCCAAGCUGGCUCUGGUCAUGCUCUGUGUCCUGUUCGCCAUCCCCGAGGCGAGGAGCAAGGACACGGUGAAGCUGUGCGGGCUAGAGUACGUGAGGACAGUGGUCUACAUCUGUGCCACCUCCCGCUGGAGGAGGCAGGCCGAGGGGAUUCCGCCAGCUCUGCAAGCUGAGAAAAGAAACUCCUUCCUGCCUCCAGACAGACAUGAGGCUUCGGAGGAAAACCCAGCCCGCAGCCUUGCCGAGGUGGAUUUCUCAGGAGAGGAGCUUGUUCGGGAGGGACGGAUGCCUGUGCAGGCGCUCCGGCGGGCAGAGAAGCGUUCAGUGAUGUUGAGAAGAGAUCUGCGAACUCUGUGCUGCACCACCGGCUGCUCCAUGACCGAGCUGAGCGCUCUUUGCUAGGCAGACAUAGAGUGCGUGGACACAGCUCCAGCCCUGGCUUACCCACCCUUUACCCAAGCCCUGCACGCAAGUGAUGGCUUGGAAAUAGGCGGCCCUUCCCUAAAAUGUGGCUGAGACCACAACAAAGCCUGUCUUCUCCCUUUGCCAAGGUGAAUGCUCUCUUCUUUCCAAAUUUUAGCUCUUGUUGUGAGAUUGCAAUAAAGAUACAAUUAAAUCAA